AUGGCUCAAUCUGUUCCCCCAGGAGAUAUCACCACCCAGCCCAACGCCAAGGUCGUCUUCAACGCCCCCUACGACGACAAGCACACCUACCACAUCAAGGUAUGUUUGGGCGAUAGAUGGAUGGGGCUUUGGGACCCCUUAGGACGGCUAGACUAGUCGAGAAGUUUCUACUUCACCACUCCAAAUUCUCCUUUUUGCAUUGACCACUUACCCUCCCUUCUUGCAGGUCAUCAAUGCCGGUGGUCGUCGUAUCGGAUGGGCCUUCAAGACCACCAACAUGAAGCGCCUCGGUGUUGACCCUCCAUGCGGUGUCCUCGACCCCAAGGAGUCCGUCUUGGUUGCCGUCUCCUGCGACGCCUUCAACUACGGCCAGGAAGACACCAACAACGACCGUAUCACCAUCGAAUGGACCAACACCCCCGAUGGAGCCGCCAAGCAGUUCCGCCGCGAAUGGUUCCAGGGAGACGGUAUGGUCCGCAGAAAGAACUUGCCGAUCGAAUACAAUCCUUAA